AUGGGGAGGAAGCCGCCGCACCUGUCUGACAUUGAGGCGGCCCGUUACCCCCCGCCACCGCCACCAACUUUCCACGCGCCACAGCCUCGGCUAUGGUUCCCAUGGUUGGUGCCACUCAUAUUUUUGGCCAACAUUGCCAUGUUCGUGUAUACCAUGUAUCUCAAUGAUUGCCCUGCCUACUUGAACCAAGAUGCUUGCCUUUUCUCUCAAUAUCUAGGAAGGUUCUCUUUUCAACCUUUCAGAGAAAACCCCCUUCUUGGUCCUGCCAUCCGCACGCUGCGGGUACAAGGAGCCCUUGAAAAGGACCUAGUGGUGGAUCAAAAUGAAGUAUGGCGCUUCUUCUCCUGCAUGUUUCUUCACGCUGGAGUGGUGCAUUUACUGGCCAAUAUGUUUAGUCUUCUAUUUAUAGGAGUUCGCCUUGAAAAGGAAUUUGGAUUUUUGAAAAUUGGAGUCUUAUAUAUUCUUUCUGGUUUUGGCGGAAGUUUGAUGUCUAUUUUGGAUUUGCAACAAUCUGGAACAUCACAUACCGUAUCAGUUGGAGCAUCCGGUGCACUUUUUGGACUUCUUGGGGCCAUGCUUUCUGAGCUUCUAACCAACUGGAGUAUCUACGCAAAUAAGGUACUUUGUAAUAUGCAAUACUGGAAAACAUGGAAUGUUUCUUUGAGGACAAAUUUUAACGCUACAUGCUUGCUUCAGUGUGCAGCUCUUACAAGCCUAUUGAUCAUAAUUGGCCUAAAUUUGGCUGUUGGAUUUCUACCUCAUGUGGACAAUUCAGCUCAUAUAGGAGGAUUCCUAGCAGGAUUUUUCCUUGGUUUUAUUCUUUUAAUGCGCCCUCAAUAUGGAUAUGUGAAUCGCAAAUAUAUUCCUCCAGGAUAUGAUAUAAAACGUAAAUCCAAGUACAAAUUCUAUCAAUAUUUCUUCCUGGUCGUGUCAUUGAUCAUCUUACUUGUCGGAUUUGCAUAUGGCCUUGCUACGCUGUACAUAGGAAAGCCACAGGAGAAAUUUUCUUUCCUUCAGAGCUAUCCAAGAUGA